CGUCGGAGAACCAGUAGUAUCAAGCGACUUGACACCCUCAGCCACACUUUAGAGCCUCAAACCGCUAGCGACAAAAGCGCUGGUCGUUCGCUCCAGCCCAGUUGGUUAUCGAGAGGCAAAAACAACAAUCCCUAUCUUAUCUCCGAAGAGAAGCAGAAGGCGGUGCGCAUGUGCGGCCAGUGAGGUAGUCGGAGCACCCCGUGACCGACAUUCCGUGGCCUCGGGCGGACAACGGCGACCACAGCAGCGGGUGUUUGCAACGCGGUGAGUCAGUCCUGCCAUGUCAAGCGCCUUGGGUGCAAUAGGGGCCGGGAUAUAAUUGCCUCAGCCACAACCCAGUUGCGGCCUUGGGGGAAGUGCCCGCGCCAUAAAUCCGAUGCGCCGGGCAAAAAGGGGCGUGCCGUUAACAAAUUGAGAAAUAAUUCUAAAUGAAUCAUAUCACGGUGUAAUUUAUGACAAAGACCUGCGUGGGUGACGUAGUGUUCGUAGGGUGCCCCAGUUGUCCGUCUUCGUUGUGCUGCAUGGGCGUUGACAGGAAAGAGCUGGCGGGAGGCAAACAGAGGGAAAGUUGGGCAAAAGAGGAAUUGGUCAUGCCUGAUUUUGGGUCGAAGUCAGAAGAAGAUGCUGGACCGUGCGUCAAGGUGCCCGACUCUGCUCAACUUGACUGGCUGCUUGGGCCUGCCACUAAAGUCAAACGGGAAAUUCCCGGAACAACGUCCGAAAAUCCCACGGGCUCGUUUUUCCUGGGGGUGGCGGUGCCUGCGAGUCCCGAGGGGAGCCCCCCAUGCUUCCCCCCUCUCACAACGCCACCGUGUGGCUUGGUGACCCAGACCCUCGGAUCAAGCCCAAGCCCAAACCCAAGUCGGAACCUGAGAUGUGAGGCCCCCACUCGACGACAGGCUCCGUGGGAUCGCUGCUUUUCCGUUCUAGCUUCUAGCGCAAACGGGCCCUUGGCAGCAGACGCAUCCACAUCCACGCACCACGCACCCACGGCGGUAGCAACAGCAGCAGCAGCAGCAGCAGCAGCAACGCAACGGGUAUGCUGCUACUGCGUGCAUUGGGCCCAUCUGCCGGUCUUCCUUCACACAGACACUUGCUUGCUUCUGCUUGCUUGCUGCUGCCGCUGCCACUGCCGCUGCUCUGACAACAACGCUAACGUUAGCACCGACACAACUGGCAUUGCAUCGGGAAUGCACGCAUGCGCAUGUCUGGGCGCAAGUAGAGAAGGGAAAGCAUGGCCAAAGCCGGAAAGUGUCGUUGGGCAUGAGGAAAAAAAAAUCGACGAUUGAAACACGCUUGCUUGUUCAGGGACCCCUUUCCCAAGUCGCCCCUCCCUCCGCUGCACAGUGCCCGUCGAUGACAACCGUCCAAGGGUCCCAUUGGGCUCCCACACACGAUGCCGAAAAAGAUAAGGAGGGGCUCUAGGUUCUGUGACUGACUUCGUGAGGAAGAAGCGAGGCUGAGAUAUCCGUAGUGGUCUGUUGUUCUCGUGAGGUUACCUUGGGGGAAGGGUGCCCAAGAUUGGAGAUUUCGACAUCUCAUUGGGCAC